AGUGUGCGAUCCGACGAGGUGUAUCACAUGUCUAGUGGAUUUAAGUUUAACGAGAGAACAUUCAAACUAACUUUCAAUCGGGUGCGGAAUAACGAAUUACCGGUAACAUGAAAAACAGGAAUUACACUGGAAAUGUUUAAUUGUUCUUGGACUUUCACUAAAUCAUUGAAUGGAACUUCUGGAUAGGACAGUGCUCCUGCUUUUACGAUGAAUGAAUAAUCAUUACAGAAGGACACUUAUUCUUUGUCGUUUUGAGAACAGGCAUCAUGUCAUUCUCAGUGGUGCCCGUAAGCACUCGAGCUGACUAUAGUAUCAUGUUGCAUGUUAACUAUACUUUUUUUGCAUGAGUCUUAUGAAAAAUGUAUUCAGUCAGGUGAAGUGUGGAAAUAGCUUUUAAUGCCCAUUAUAAGUCAUGCUUUAGAAAUUAUUUUGAUUGGAAACGUAUCAUAUAGUUUAGUAGACAUUUAGUUUCUACUCUACUACUCUAGUCUUAGUGGACUAGGUAAAACAAAAACAAAAAAACAAUGGUUGAACCAGUAGGUUUUGUGGAGGCUUGGAAAGCCCAGUUCCCUGAGUCAGAUGCCCCAAGCAUGGAGCUGAAAUCAUUGGGUGAUAUUGAGCAGGAGCUGGAGAAAUGCAAGGCAUCUAUCAGGCAGCUGGAGUUAGAGGAAAACAAAGAGCGCUUUCAGAUGAUCUACCUGCAGACGUUACUGGCCAAGGAGAGGAAGGCUUAUGAUGGGCAGAGAUGGGGCAUCAAGAAGAUGUCCCUAAUGAAUAUUGGAGACCAAUCCAGUGUUUCAGACACCCAGACAUCCCACUUAGAUGAGCCUACAGUAGAGGAGCAGCCGAGAGAGGCAGUCGACACAGGGAGAUAUAAACAGUAUCCAGAGGGAGAGGUAGAUGGGGUGUCUCCCUCCAAACAGAGGGGUGGGUUGUCCCUCCACAUGCCUACAGUGGACCCCCCAGACACAGAUCUGGACAGGGACAGGGUGGGCAUGAGCUCAGUAGCAGCACUGAGGUCCAACUUUGAGCGCAUCAAGAGAGCCAACUCUCACACGGCUGGAGAUGGGAAAGGGGUUGGAGGGACAGAGAGACCCUUCUACGUGAACAUGGAGUACCACCAUGAGAGAGGCCUAGUGAAGGUCAAUGACAGGGAGGUCUCAGAUAAAAUCAGCAGCCUGGGCUGUCAGGCCAUGCAAAUGGAGCGGAAGAGGUCCCUGCACUCCCUGCCCGGGAACCUGUCCACUGCUAUGGGGGACAUCCGCAAAUCUGUCCUCAGAUGCAGGUCCACAGAGGGCGGCUGUGGCUACAAUGGGCUGUAUGAUGAUACAGAGGUGAACCCACAUUUCCUCAAGGAUAGUGUGAUCCGUUCCAAUGGGGGGAGACAGCCGGCAGACUGUCAACCCUACACCAGUGUGUAUGUCGGAGGGAUGAUGGCAGAGGGGGAGGGAAGGGUCCUUCACAUCGGGGACCACAGUGUGGAGGAGGACUCCCGCCUCAACUGGCCAAGGCACUCCUACUCACCUGGCAGUUUUGACGAUGUUGGGGGCGGCUACACCCCAGACUGCAGCUCCAAUGAGAACCUAACGUCCAGCGAAGAGGACUUCUCCUCCUGUGGCCAGUCAAGUCACAUGUCCCCAAGUCCUACCACCUAUCACAUGUACAGACAGAAAAGUCGCUCGCCUUCCCAGAUUUCCCAGCAGUCCUUUGACAGUAGCAGCCCGCCCUCCCCCCUGUCUCAGAAACGUCUGAAGCAGCAGGUGUUGGUGUCCGAGGCCUCGGUCGUGGGUGUCCGUAAAACAGGCCAGAUCUGGUGCGGGGAUGGGGACUCCACUACGUCCAGUAGGACCUCGCAUGACAACAGUCUCCAUGGAGUUCUGGAAGCCCCCUACAGUGGGACCCAUCCUUCCUAUGGCUAUGACCUGGAGCAGGCGGAGGAGCCCCAGCAGCAUCAUGACCUCCUGCCUUUCAGCACCUCGCCCUCCUCGAGCUGCAGCAGCCGGCACACACACUCCUCUGGUUCCCUGGAGUCCACCCUGUCGACAGAGCUGGUUCAGGAGAAAGACUUGGAGAUGCGGAAGUGGGUUUUGUCAGGGAUCCUGGCCAGUGAGGAGACAUAUCUCAGCCACCUGGGGGCUAUCUUACUGCCCAUGAAGCCUCUGAGGGCAGCAGCUACUACCUCCCAGCCGAUGCUGACCAUCCAGCAGAUAGAGACCAUCUUCUUCAAGGUGACAGAGCUCCAUGAGAUCCACAAGGACUUCUACGAUGCCCUGCUACCCAGAGUUCAGGAGUGGAGCCACAACCAGUGUGUGGGUGAUCUCUUCCAGAAACUGGCCAGCCAGCUGGGAGUGUACAGGGCCUUUGUGGAUAACUAUAAGGUUGCUGUGGAGAUGGCAGACAAGUGUUGCCAGGCCAACAUACAGUUUGCUGAAAUAUGUGAGAAUCUUAAGGUCAGAAGCACCAAGGAAUGCAAAGACCAGGCAAAAAAUUCACUGGAAACUCUGCUCUACAAACCCGUGGACAGAGUCACCCGCAGCACCCUGGUUCUGCAUGACCUGUUGAAACACACCCCCUCCGGCCACCCAGACUAUCCACUGCUGCUGGAUGCCCUGAGAAUCUCCCAGAACUUCCUGUCCAGCAUCAACGAGGAGAUCACCCCACGCAGGCAGUCUAUGACAGUGAAGAAGGGAGAGAACCGUCAGCUGUUGAGGGACUGCUUCAUGGUGGAGCUGGUGGAGGGAUCCAGAAAGCUUCGCCACGUCUUCCUCUUCACAGACUUACUACUCUGUGCCAAGCUGAAGAAACAGACUGCAGGGAAAGGCCAGCAGUAUGAGUGUAAGUGGUACAUCCCACUAUCAGACCUCACCUUCCAGACCAUUGAGGACUCGGAGGCCACGCCCAUCCCCCAGGUCCAGGACGAGGAGAUUGACGCCAUGAAGAUCAGAAUCUCACAGAUCAAGAACGAGCUCCAGAGAGAGAAGAGAACCACUAAAGGAGGGAAGGCGAUAGAGCGUUUGAGGAAGAAGCUGUCGGAGCAGGAGUCUCUGCUGCUGCUCAUGUCCCCCAGCAUGGCCUUCAGAGUGGCCAACAGGAACGGCAAGGGCUUCACAUUCCUUAUCUCGUCGGAUUACGAACGUGCGGAGUGGAGGGAGAUCAUCCGGGAGCAACAGAAGAAGUGUUUCAAAAGCUUCUCUCUGACCUCUCUGGAGCUGCAGAUGCUCACCAACUCAUGUGUGAAGCUUCAGACGGUCCAUACUAUACCAAUGACCAUGAAUAAAGAAGAAGAUGAAUCGUCUGGACUCUACGGUUUUCUGAAUGUCAUUGUUCACUCUGCAUCAGGACUCAAACAGAGCUUGAAUCUCUACUGCACUCUGGAGGUGGAGUCCUUUGGCUACUUUGUGAACAAAGCCAAGACACGUGUGUACAGAGACUCCACAGAACCCAAGUGGAACGAGGAGUUUGAGAUUGAGCUGGAAGGCUCUCAGACUCUGAGGUUGCUGUGCUAUGAGAAAUGCUACAACAAAGCCAGGCAAAACAAGGAGGACGGAGAGAACACAGACAGAAUCAUGGCCAAAGGACAGAUACAGCUGGAUCCCCAGACCCUACAAAGCAAAGACUGGCAAAGAACAGUCAUCACCAUGAACGGGAUUGAGGUGAAGCUGUCAAUGAAGUUCACCACCAGAGAGUUCAGUCUGAAGAGAAUGCCCUCGCGGAAACAGUCAGGCGUGUUUGGGGUGAAAAUAAGUGUUGUAACCAAACGGGAGCGGUCCAAGGUGCCCCUUAUCGUGAAGCAGUGUGUAGAGGAGAUAGAGCGCCGGGGCAUGGAGGAGGUGGGAAUCUACCGGGUCUCGGGGGUGGCUACAGACAUCCAGGCCCUGAAGGCUGCAUUUGAUGCCAACAAUAAUGAUGUGUCGGUGAUGAUGAGUGAGAUGGAUGUGAAUGCCAUUGCUGGAACACUGAAACUGUAUUUCCGUGAGCUGCCGGAACCUCUUUUAACAGAUGACCUGUACCCCAACUUUGCUGGAGGCAUCGCCCUGUCAGACAGUGUGGCUAAGGAGAGCUGUAUGCUGAACCUUCUGCUAUCACUCCCAGAACCCAACCUGGUCACCUUCCUCUUCCUGCUGGACCACCUGAAGAGGAUUGCUGAUAAUGAGAGCGCUAACAAGAUGUCUUUCCACAACCUGGCCACGGUCUUUGGCCCCACCCUGCUCCGCCCCUCUGAGAAAGACAGCAAGAUCCCAGCCAAUGCCACACAGCCCAUCACUAUGAAUGACAGCUGGUCACUGGAGGUUAUGUCACAGGUACAGGUCCUACUGUAUUUCCUUCAGCUUGAGAGCAUCCCAACACCGGACAGCAAACGUCAAAGCAUCCUCUUCUCCACUGAAGUAUAGCAGGAGCAUGGACAUUUCCAUCUUAGGAGAAUUUGACAAAAUGAUGCCUUCCCCAUGGUGAAUUGUUGGCUGUGACCAAGAAUGGCUGCUGCAGGAGCUAAUGAACACUGCACUGUAAAAAAAAAAAAAAGAAUUUGUUUCAACUAAUUAUUAUAAGUAACUGGUUCCACAGCCUUUUUUAAUUUACUCAACUUUCUGGUCAAAUUGUUACCUAAACUUAACAUUUUUAGUUGGUCCAAACUUAGCUCCAACUUGAGAAAGCUUAGGCAUACAUUCAGUCAACUUAAAAUGAUGUGUUUGCUCAACUUGUCUCAUGUUUAUUCAACUAUAAAUUAUUAUUUGAGCAUUUAAAAAGAAAAAGGCUUUGGAACUAGUUACACACACACACACACACACACACACACACACACAGUUAUUUUGUUUUCAACUUACAUAUGACACACAAUUACAUUGUGCAUUUAUACAGUAAUUAUUAUUCAACAUGUCCUCCCCUGGGAUUUGAACUUACUACCUUUUGGUUCAAUGCAUUCCGAUCUUCCUGCUACACCACCAUGUCUGUGCCAUUUGUCAGUUAAUCUGACUAUUCUCUCAUCAUUGAUUUACUUAUUUAAGCAAUUUUAGGGUUUUCUUUAUAGUUGUCUAAUGUUUGUGGGGCAUAUUAUAAUUGUUUUAUGUUACUCCUUAAUCACUAUGAUGCACUAUAUA